AUGAUUCGCGUCCAGCCUGACGACCAGAGACUACAGAGGAUUGUUUGGAGAGACAAUGUGGACGAACCCAUCCGAGUCUACGAGCUGACCACUGUCACGUACGGAACGGCGUCAGCGCCGUAUUUAGCGACCAAGUGCUUGCAAAAACUCGGUGAGAUCGGAGAAAAGACGCACCCAUCCGCUGCCAAGGUCCUCAAACGUGACUUCUACGUUGACGACAUGUUGGCAGGUGCGCACACGGUCACAGAAGGAAAAGAGCUAGUCGCCGAAAUGGUCGAUCUGAUGGAAUCUGGUGGAUUCUCGUUGCGAAAGUGGCACUCAAACUCCCGAGACAUCCUGCUUGACGUCCCGGAACAUCUUCGCGACGAGCGGACCAUGCUAGAACUGGACACGUCUGACGCAACCGUCAAGACGCUCGGGCUCGUCUGGGAGCCCAGUACGGACAGUUUCCGUUUCAGAUCGCCAAAGUGGAACGACGUUGCCGUGAUCACGAAGCGUGUCGUGGCCUCAGACAUGGCCAUGAUCUUCGACCCGUACGGGUUGAUCGGUCCUGUCGUCGUCCAAGCGAAAAUCUUCGUGCAGAAGCUGUGGCACAUGGAACUGGACUGGGACGCCGCUCUGCCAGAAGAUCUGCAGGAGUACUGGCGUGAAUACCGCAGAAAUCUAGCCGGUCUAGACAGCCUGUCGAUACCCCGCUGGAUUGGCACAGGUGCAGAUGACCAGAAUGUGCAGCUUCACGGGUUCUGCGACGCUUCAGUCAACGCUUACGGUGCGUGCAUCUACAUCCGAACCGUUUCGGCCAACGGCGACGUAACCGUCCGCUUGCUGGCCUCCAAAUCUCGCAUCGCACCGCUCGAGAACCUGAAGAAGAAGAAGCGUAAGCAGUCGAUUCCCCGCUUGGAACUGGCGUCCGCUCUGCUGCUGGCGCAUCUGUACGAGAAGGUGGCCAACGCCAUCAACUUCCGAGGCAAAGCGUUUUUCUGGACGGAUUCCAUGAUCGUACGCUGCUGGCUUGCGUCACUGCCGUCCAGAUGGAACCAGUUCGUGGCCAACCGUGUGUCCGAGAUUCAACAUCUGACGGAGAGCGGAUCUUGGGACCAUGUGCCCGGAAUAGAGAACCCAGCUGACAUCAUUUCUCGCGGCAUGACACCGAUGCAGCUGCAGUACUCAAAGCUUUGGUUCAACGGACCCGAUUGGCUGAGUCUUGACCACCAGCAUUGGCCGCACGCUCAAGUGCCGAACGCAGCAGACUUCGACCACGAAGAACUGGAGGAACACAACGCUGUCGCUGCAGUUGCACGUGACACCGAGCCCUGCAGACUGUUUACAGUGAAUUCGUCGUACACCGUGACAAUACGGACGACCGCUGUAAUCUGCCGCUUCUGUUUCAACAGCCGUGCGGCGAACAAGCACUGUCGCAGAGUUGGUCCGUUGACGGCUGGAGAGCUCGAGGUCGCUUUGAAGAAGCUGGUGCGCCUCGCUCAACGAGAAUGCUUCCCGGAAGAGUACGAUGCUUUGUCCAGAGAUCGCGCGAUUCCAAGCAACACCCGCAUCGCUGCGCUGAACCCAAGAAUCAUCGAUGGAAUCCUGUGCGUCGGCGGCCGGUUGCAGCACGCCGCAGUCUCGGACAAUCGGAAGCAUCCGUACAUUCUCGACCAUCGUCAUCCGUUCAUGAAGCUUAUCGUCACACAUUAUCACGAGUCCAUGUUUCACGCUGGACAACAACUGUUGAUCUCUGCUGUGCGUGAGCGGUUCUGGCCGAUCAACAUCCGCAACCUCGUUCGCGAGGUGAUCCACAAGUGUGUCGAUUGCUUCCGUGUCAAGCCGAAGGUUCUGGACCAGCUCAUGGCGGAUCUGCCGCCCGAACGAGUCACUCCGUGUACACCGUUCGCACGAGUCGGAGUUGACUACUGCGGACCUUUUCAGGUCGCGUACCCGCAGCGCCGAGCUCGCCCAGUGAAGUGCUUCGUUGCCAUCUUCGUCUGCCUGGUCACCAAAGCUGUUCACCUAGAACUAGCAGCAGACCUAACGACGCAGGCAUUUCUGGCGGCCCUCAAACGGUUCACUGCCCGGCGUGGCAAACCGAAGCUGGUCAUGUGCGACAACGCCAAGAACUUCGUCGGCGCAAGACGUGAGCUGAGCGAACUCGUUAAGCUGUUCCUAAGUCAGCAGUUCGAAGAGGAGAUCAUCCGCGAAACAGCGAACGACAGCAUCGAAUUUAAGUUCAUUCCCGCUCGCUCGCCGAACUUCGGCGGCCUCUGGGAGUCCGCAGUGAAGAGCUUCAAGUUGCUGUUCAAACGUACGAUCGGGCUGCACACCCUGCUGUACGACGAGUUCCAGACUGUGCUGGUUCAGAUCGAAGCGAUCCUCAACUCGCGACCGCUCACGCCGCUCAGCAACGACCCCGCAGACUUCGAAGCGCUCACCCCAGGACACUUCCUGAUCCAGCGUCCACUCACUGCGAUUCCUGAGCCAAACCUCGACCACAUUCCCGAGAACAGAUUGUCGGCCUGGCAAACUGUCCAGCGGUACACGCAGCAGCUCUGGAAGAAGUGGUCCAACCUCUACCUGUCGGACCUGCACAACCGCACGAAGUGGACUAAGCAGAAAGACAACGUUGCUGGCGGAACCAUGGUCCUGCUGAAGGACGAGAACCUCCCGCCGUUGAAGUGGCAGCUCGGACGCGUUUCCGAUAUCCACCCGGGAGCUGACGGCAACAUCCGUGUCGUCACGGUGCGCACAAAGGACGGUAGCUAUCAGCGUGCGAUCUCUAAGAUCUGCAUUCUGCCGAUCCGUGACAACCUUUCUACCGCGCAAGGGGAGAACUAG